CAUGCAUGUUGUUCAUGUAUGCUCCUAUAAUUGAAGCAAGACCGCCGAUAAUGGUCAGUGUACUGUGAGUUGUCAGCAUCUGAGGGUCUUUCUUGAACAAUGAGGGCCAGAAGCAGAAUGUCGUCGUAUCGGCCUUGGGGCUCCAGUGAGGACGGGGCCAUCGAGUUCGAGUCCUUGACGGAGGACACACUCGAAGGCGCCCUGAACGUCAUGAGGAAAAGUUUCUUCGUCCACGAGAGCGUUUGCAAGGGCGUCGCUUUGAUCUCCGAGCCCGGUGCGUCGGAGGAACUCGAGGAACUUUGCUUGGACGCCGCCAAAGAUGGCGUCAGUGUCGUGGCCAUCGAAGUGGCCAGCGGCGAAGUGGUCGGAGCUGCUUUCAACAAGAUUCAAGUGUUGAAGAGCUCGACGGAGAAGAGUGCGUUCGAGGAGUUCAGCGAGAACUGCAAGCACAAAUCGUCGAAGGCCUUGGUGGACUUCAUGAUAAACGUGGACUCGCGGAUAAACUUGUUCCAGCAUUACAACGCCAGCUGCAUCUUCGAGAUCAUGUUCCUGGCCACUCUGCCCGGCAUGCAGAAGCGUCGAAUAGGGGAGCUGCUGGUGUCGUCGUCCAUCGAGCUGGCGAAGGAGUUGAGAAGAGGGAAAUCGGCAAAGACGCCGGUGAAGAUCAAUGGCGAUGACGCCAUACAGAACCCGUCCGCCGUGCCCAGCUUGGCGUCCGCGAUAAUGACCUCCGAUUACUCUCAGAAAAUCGCCACCAAGUGCGGUUUCGAGACACUGACGCGCGUCGAUUACAUAGAGUUCCGGUUCGGUGGGAAGACGUUCGACGAGAGGAUAGGGGAGGAACAUCCGAACUGUGCCCUGGUGGCCAAAAGAUUGACCUAGGACCGCGA